AUGGUCGUGGCAUUCGUGGUGCACAGAUUCAUUGUCUCGCCAAGACAGCAAAACAAACGAAAUGGCUCCAGGAUACAAGGAUUCAUGAUUGGGUAUGGAUUCAUCAUUCCUUUUCUACUGCUGUAUCCACUGGCCCUAUUGGAUGCGCUCGGACUGAAGAACAUAACGUUGAUGGUGUGUAUCUGCGGGGCGUUGCCCAAUCUGUUGCUCUUGAGGGUGGUGGAGGCAAUGCACGACACUUUGCCGUCCUUUGCUACAGAAAGUCGUGGAAACCUAGUUUUGUACUAUGCCGGAACAUUACAAGUCUUGAUGGACGAAGAGACGGGACGACCUGUUCCAUUGACAACAUCAAUCUUCGUCACCAAGGCAAUGCGGUUCCUCUACAUCUUUUUGCAAACUGGUUUUCUCUUUAGCCUCCUUAUCCCCUGUGAAUAUCACAUUGCACCGCAACGACAGAUUGGGAGCUUUCUCGAUCUAUUCUAUUGGGGUAACUUGUUCAACGCAUACAUGGUAGCGUUACUGACCAGUUCUAUCCUGGACGGUGGAGCCUCUGGUUUGGGCAUCUUGACUUCCAUCUGCACAGGCAUGGCCAUGCAGAGUUUCUCAGACUUUCCCAUGAGUAGAUCCUCAAGUCCCUCUGAUUUCUGGGGAAAUCGUUGGGAUAGACCCGUGGCAUCUGGACUCAAACGAGGUGCCUUUGUUCCCAUGCGAAAAUGCGGCCUUUCCCGACAUGCUUCUGCCAUACUCACCUUUCUAGUGAGCGGUCUCAUUCAUGAAUAUAUGCUCUUUUUGAUGACAAAGCGGCAGGGUACUAUUGGUUUCCGUAGCAGCAGCAGCAGCAGCAGCAACAACAGCAACAAUGUGACACCAGAAGCGUAUGCGCCGAACUAUGGGAAUCAAAUUUUCUUUUUUCUCUGGAAUGGAGUUGUGCUGCUGCUUGAGAGAGCGUUGGAGGGGAGUCCAAUCAUCCAAUGGACGAGCAAGCACCUACCGCAGCCCUUGAAAACUGCUCUGGUGCUCCUCACGGUACUUCCUGUGGCACAUUUAUUUACGGAUGAGUACAUUAGGAGCUCUUUCUAUGGAGACACGGCAUUUGCCUUUCCCCUCAUAUCACUCCAUCGACUUGAAGGGCCAUCAUCAUAA